AUGGAGCCUCGGGAAAACCCGACAGAGUCGCAAAAUAGUCUCCUCUGCAAUUCCUGCCAAGAAUGGAGCCAGUGGACUGGUAUCGAGGAAUACGGCAGUCCGUUGCAGUACAGCGUGUCUUACAAUCACCUCGUGGAAAACACCUUUGAAUGCCUCAUUUGCAAUUUCAUAAUCUCUAGAAUAAACGCCUGGGAGAACAGUAAACAACAAAAUCUAGAGAAGGCAAAACUUGACGUUGGUAUACUGGGCCCUUUUUACUUCGACACAAAGGUACCUGAACCAGAGCCUCUCUACGAGAGACUUGAUACGUCUGACUCGUCGUCAGACACUGUUAGUCGAGUUUGGGUGCAACUAUCGGUGACACAACGGGAGAACUCCCCUGGUAGCCAUGAACAGCAGGACACCCGUCGAGAUGUGCCCCUCUGUACCAUAACCCCGUCGCUCCUGCUACAUUACUCUAAGGUAGAAGGGGGCAAAGGACAAUUAUGGGGGGUAGCAGACGGGGAGGUCCGUUUUAUUGACCUUGAUCUCAUGAGAGGAUGGAUCAGGGAUUGCGAGAACAGCCAUGGAGAAAAAUGUGUUGGCAAGUAUAAUCACAAAGAUGACAUGCCUCAGGGCUUUAGGGUAAUCGAUACUCACAAUAUGAAGGUAAUGGAACCAGACUCGGCCGUCUCAUUUGUAGCUUUGAGUUACAUGUGGUCAGCGAGCAGCGACGGAUCCAAAGAGAUCCAGCUUGAGAAGAACAAUCUAUCGCUUCUUGAAGAGCCUGGGAGUCUGGCAUCAUGUUCGAUACCGGACAUUGUUUUGGACGCAAUAUAUCUGUGCCGAGAUCUAGGGGAAUCUUAUCUAUGGGUGGAUCGACUGUGUAUCAUACAAGAUGACGCAGUCACGAAACCGGCGCAAAUCGGAGCCAUGGACAAAAUAUACCGUUCUGCGACCUUCACCAUUGUGGCGGCCCUGAAUGACCGAUAUGGAAAGGGGUUGCCAGGGUGCUCUAAACGGCCGAGAUUACCUCUCUCUUCGGUUCUAAGAACACCACGACAGCCCGAAGUGGAGGGACGCGGGGUCAAGCCAAAUGGCAUGACUGCAGAAGUUGACCGCUCACUAUGGAACAAGCGGGGGUGGACUUUUCAAGAACGCGUUUUGUCCAAAAGACGGCUGUUCAUCACCGAACACCAAGCCAUUUUCGAGUGCUCCGUAACAACGGCAGAAGAAGAGCUUACAUGGAACGCGGGCUUCGUACGACCCACCGAGUCAACAGUGAAUUCCGAAACAGACCAUAAUCAACUUGAGCUUACGAAGACACAAGGUGAAUACUUAGCCCCCGGAAAUGUUGAGCGGAAGGGUUUCUCAGGUGACGUCGGCUUCUACAUCGCCGAGAUGCCGUCCCUAAAAGACUACCGUGACUGGAUAGAGAGCUACAGCUCACGCCAGCUUUCCUUCGGCACGGACAUUAUCAACGCUUUCAUGGGUGUCGGAAACGUACUACGCGACGCCCUGGGGACGCGUUUGCUUUUUGGACUACCAGAGAAAUUCCUGACCCAGAGUCUGAUGUGGAGCUGUGUAGGCUCGCUCGCAAGACGAGGCGAGGUGCCACACAUCCCCAGCUGGAGCUGGGCAUCUUCUCUGAAGCCUGUGGACUACCAGCGGAUUUCUGGACGAAAACCAUAUAGCCAAAACCAGCUGCAACAUAUAGCCAGCCUCGUCGAAUUCUACUACCAAGACCCCGACAAGGGGUUUCGAAAACUGGAAGUAGAACAACGAUGGAUGGAACACGAAACAAGCAUCGCAGAAAUUGCCUGCCGGACGGAGUUGCCGCUAACCCUGGUACAGCAAAAGGCGAGACCUGCAGAUUGGAGGUCCGACCUCAUCUGGAAGCAAAGCCCUCACAACCCGUGGGAGGCACGUGGUCACUUGCAGCUAGACUCACAGGCCCAGAGCAUUGCCGCAUUGUUUCCGGGCUCCCUAGUGUUCAACACCACAGUGGCUUCGUUGAGCAUCAAGCACUUUGACCUGCCAGAGAGGAGUCCGAAGAGGGGUCAGGAGGCAGAGGAGGAUAGCGGCGGUGACGACGUUGGCGUGGAGAUCUGUGCCGAAAAUGGGGAGAGGGUGGGCAUACUGAAUCGGGUGAGCCGCGAAUGGAUCGAACCGCGAGAGGAUGCCAACGGCAACAAACGGCUCUUUGACUUUAUCGUCAUCUGCGGGGCAUUGGAAUCGUACAGCAUCAGAAAAUGGCUCGCUUUCAUGCGCCAAUGGGACAAAACGUGGCAGCUGUGUGUUAUGAUGGUAGAACGGCUGCCCUGUGAGCCAUUUGUUGCGCGACGAGUUGAAGUAGGCAUGAUACAAACCAGCAUGUGGAAAGACUGUAACCCUAGAUGGGAGACUGUUGUUCUUUGCUGA